AUGGCAUCUUAUGGGUUAGCAGGCCUUACUCCCCCUUUCUCCUGUGCCACCAGUUUUCCGCCUCACUGCCCCAUCUGCUCCCACUGGGGAACUAGAAGAACUGCACUGAAGAGUGACAAGGGAGAGCUCUGUGGGACUUUGACAAUAUAUGGGACUGGCGCUUCAUGGAGCCUGACCGAGAUUCGGGAUCUUAGCCAUCUGAGGUGAGCCACAGAGGAGUAGGGACAAAUGGUCCAUUUAGUUUGCUACUUCACUCAAGUCACCCAUAGCAUAUUUGAAUUUUCAGAACAAAAAAAGGAAGAUAAAUUAAUUAAAAAAAAAAAAAGAAAACGGAGAAAAACAACCAAAAGAAAAGGAAAUAGUACUAAAAAACAAAAAAAAUUAACUAAAGUGUACCACAAUAAAAGCACGGUUACUAGUAACCUGACCAAGGACAGGUAUCCGAUCUUGGAUGUAAUCGGUGACCCAUGAAGGUCGACGGGGCUAUUAGUUUAAUUUAGUUUGCGUGGAUUUAUUUGAUUCCAUGGACUCCAGCUUAUCUUAUAACCGGUGGGAGGCGGGACUCCUUCUCUUGUCCUUUCCCUUGGGCCAUAUCUCUACAGCUUGCUGGAAAACUGGGGGGUUCCUUAAGGGUUUACAAGGGCCCUUGGUGCGCUAUACACUGCGUGUAGGGUGCAGAUUCUAAUGCCUGGCGCUGACGCAUUCCAAUUUAAACGAUCUAAUUGGAUGCAGCAGGGAUGCCCACUAUCCCCCUUAUUUGACUUAUUCUUAGAACCUCUAUUUCACCUUAUCAGGGAGCACCCUGGUAUCAAGACUUCCACCUCGAGUCGUUCGGGCAGGUGUCCAGUUAGUUUUAACCUUGAUAAAUCCUGUGUCAUGCCCUUCCACAUGGGGUCCCAGGAAGUGGUGCUGCUGCAGUCUUGAUAUAGAUUGAAGUGCCAAACAUUCUUUCCACUACUUGGGAAUUCAGCUCCCCUGCAACCCUUCCCUGCUAAGGCAGGUCAAUUACGAUUCUAUCAUCCGUAUGCUCAGAUUUGAUUUAGACAAUUGGAACUCCAAACCCAUUGAAUUGGCAGAAUCCAUGUUGUUAAAAUGAAUAUUCUACCUCGCAUCCUUUAUUUUCAAGCCCUAAAGGUAUUACUCUGAGACCUAGCAGGACUGGAGUCAGCAGUAGACUAUCUUGUGUGGUGGUGGGAAGAGACACAGAAUCUCAAGACAGGUGCUAUACUGCCAGUGAUCUCUGGGGGAUUGAGUUUUCCCAGCCUCUCUCUAGCAGCACAGCUGGCCCAGGAUGUCCUGUGGCAUGCCCAUCUGGACUCUGGCCUCAUGAGUUCAGAACUUCCUCCAUUUUAUAUAUGGAUGGACAAACCGUACAGGGCCCUUCUCAGGAUGGAUUGCUUGGCAAUGUUGUCCUCAAUCAAUUUAUGGGACAGAAUCAAAAAGAAAUUGUCUCUCACAUCCAGCCUGUCCUCAGUUACCCCUUUUCUCUGCAACAGGGAUUUCCACCCAGGCAUGCAGGGUAUUGUUGAAUGAUAGCAGUGCAGUUAGUCUUGGUGGAAUAUAUCUUGCUGACUGGCUGUGGUAAGAGUUGGUUUGCUACAAAUUGGAUGAAAACCUUUAAUUUGAGUAUCAAAUUGAUCAAUAGGUUCACAUCUGGAUAACCCUUUAGACAUGAGAAGAACCUAAGAAAAUGUAAAAAGCCACAACAGAACCAACUGCCCAUCUAAUAAGGCCCCAAAAAGACCAGCACCUCUUGUGCAGAGAGGUCAUGUGUUGUGUACUGGACUUGUGGGUGAGAUGAUCAGUCGAAUAUGCAAUGGAUAUAGUUUCACCUUGUAGUGGCAGUGACCUAGAACAUGUUUGACAGAAGUCUAAAAUGAACCCUUUCAUUAAAUGUUUAUUGGCAAUGUUAUAUUUUAUUUUAAUUUUAUUCUAUUGCAGUUCUUAAUGUGGAACCUGUUUCUUCCACCAAUCCAGCUCUAAAAACUGCCACAGAAUGUGUUGGGGGACACACAACAGGAAUACAAACUUUGGCCAAACAUUCAGCUUCCAAUACAAGCAGACUUAAACCGGAACUUACCAAGCGAUUUAUCCCCAAGAAGAAAACAGAACUUUUGGCAAAAAACAAUGAACUUUCAGUCAAUGAUAAGCAAGAUCAAAGGUGAGCUCCCAAAAUCUUGAACGUAAAAAAAUAAAAAAAAAUUCUAUUUUAAUUAUUUUUUAAUUCCUAAUUUAUUUUUAAUUUUUUUUUCACCAUUUAGGAAAAGUGAAAAAAUUGAAAAAAGUAAGCACUCAACUGUUAAACUAACGAAAAAAGUUCCUGAAGAGAAAUUAAAUCAAUCUACCAUAAAAUAUAGGGAUAUGUCAGAUAUUGCAGACCUUAUUUUGAAGAAUCGCUGUAGGAAAAUUAUAGUAAUUACUGGAGCUGGCAUAAGUACACCAAGUGGAAUACCAGAUUUUAGGUAAGAAACUUUACAGUUAAAAUCUGCACACACCCUAUGCGUGCACACAUUGCAUACACAUAACUUUACAGUUAAAAUCAGCACAUACCCUACGCGUGCACACUCUACAUGCAGCCAGCACGUGCCAUGUACAGUUGACACGCACCCCAUGCAUACCCUCAUUAUGCCUAGCUUAUCACAUGCCCCACAAAUAUAAAUUAAAUGGCAAAACUGUGGAGAUGGCUAUUAUAGACAAAUGGCUAAUUGGCAAAUUUUCCAGAUCAACUGUUUCUCAGGUUUUCCAUUUGUUGGAGCAUGUAAUUAUUGCUCCUAAUAUCUUAAAAUGCCAAGUCCUGUCAGUUCCACACCUUCUUCCAAGUCAUGCCACACUAUUUGUUUUCCGAUCCAUGGUCAAAUCAAAUGCUUUAUAGAGCAGCAUUGUUGGACAUGUGUGCUGACUCAAUACUUCCCUUUAAAGAAGAAUCAUAUUGGCACAUGCUAAGGGCCAACAAAGCUAUCAGAAGCAUUGAAUGUUACACUACGAAUGUGCGUGGUGUGAGCAUUCAUAAACACUGAGGAGUGACUGUUCAUCUUGCUUUUAAAUCCCACCCACCAGGCAAUUCUGUACAUACUCCCAACACAGUGUUAGAAAAGAGAAGUUAGAGGGAGCAAAAAAAAUUGAAAAACUGGCCAGGUUGGCGGGUGUGCUGGCAGUGCUCCCAUUAAAAAGGGAGGGGACCAAAUGAAAGUUCAUUAAGGGAGGCAGUGAGGGCUCGCAUGAAAGAUGGGGAAAAACUUUAAUGUGCAUAGUUACAUGGCUUCUGUUGCAGUUGCGCUCACAGCACUGCUUGCAAGUGAAGGUGAUUACAUACGUUGCCAGCGCUCGGUGAAUGCUGAUGACCAAUGUGAUUUAGGUAAUUUGAAAACCGUUCUGUGCAAAAAUAAGUACAGAUAUCUUUUUAUAGACUGGAUUUUAUGCUGAAACGCUGCACAUACAGGUUGCCUGACCACUUGGAAUUUUCCCAAAUGACUUUUUGCUUUUACAAGUGUACAAUUAUUUAUAUAUCGCCUAGAUAUUCUGGAGUGCUGUACAACAGGAAACAAGAUAAACCUUUAAUUCGAACACACUACUAUCUGGUGUAGGUGAACAAACGUUUAAAGGGAUGAAGGUUAAAUACACAAAUGGAAGUAAGGGAUUAAAGUGAUUUGAAUAUACCAGAGGAUGGGAGGAAUGUUUGGGAGGAGUGUGCACAGUAGAUGGGAGACGGUAGAGGAAGGUUUUAAGGCAUAAGAAGUUAAGGGGAAAGCUGAUGUGCUUCUCUGAAGUAGUGUGAUUUAGGGAUUCUUUUGACUGACUGCAGAGUCUGACUGGGAGAGUCAUAUGUCCCUUAGAAGGGCAUUCUGCAAACUGUCAAAACUGGAGACGUCCUCCAGCAAACAGUCUGGGUUGUGAGAACAGGACAGUAAGUCCUUCUCUUGCAUAACUGUCCCAUCUUUGACUAAAAUCAUUAUUUUAUUUUUUUUACUCUAUUUUCCCCUGGUUCGUCAAACACGCAUUGGUCACUCUCAUCGUAAAUACGCCUUCUCUUGACACUGAUUGCCUAGCUAUCGUACCAUCUCUCAAGGUCCUUGAAGGCAAAGGGAAGGAGAAAUACUUAAUACUGAGCUGAUCAGACUCUAAUUUUCAUAAGUGGAGGAGGCUGGCUAGUGGGUCGCACAGUUGAUGAGAGAAGCGAGCAAGAUCAUUUCUUUUCGCAUCUUAAUCAUUUCUACUGUAAAUUAAAGAAUGUAUUCCUUUACAGUGGGAGUAUGAUUUAAAAGCGCUUUUAAAAAACAGAUUAAAUUGUAUAUAAUAACAAGCAGUUCUAAAAACACUCCAGUAGGGAUGCUUUCGUUCCCACACCAGUUGUAAAGUAAUCAAAAAUAGGAGUGAAAAAACUAAUAAUGGAGCGCUUAAACCCGUAUAACAAUAUAUGGGUAAGUAGAGAUUUCACCAAGGUACCAUGUAAAACAUAAAUCGUGGAAAAAAACAUUGGGUAAAUGGUUUCUUUAAGAUGGUAAGUGCAAAUAAUGGUUAGAACCACUCAUAUUGAUUGGAGCCUAAAUAUAUGGCUCAAUCUGUUGCACAGUUGUGCUCUUUAGGCAGCACCAUACCUUGGUUCAGGGAGUUUCCAGCCUCCAAAGGAAUAGAAGGGAGGACAAAAUUGUGCAAUAUUUAGGAAAAAAGCAUGCUGGUGAGAAUAUAUUAAACUCUCCUUAUUUAGAGCCUAAUGUAUCCCUGACUCUGAGACUGAAAAAUCUGGUGUCAAUUUGUGGGGUGACACUUCCACAAACAGCUACCUGAAAUCAGUGGAUAUGGACCACCGGUGCACUAAACAGAUUGUUUAAUUUAAAUGCUUAAUAAAUUAAAUAUACGGAUUAAAAAGUUGUAAUGAACAAACAAGUCUAAUUGUAAAAGUAAUCUUGCCAGUUGACAUUGUGUCGCAGGGGUGCUCAGACUGGCUAAAGGUAUUGGGUUGAUUUGGCAUGCCAGGGCUGGUGUUUAACAGGCAGGGUGGACAGUGAUCAAACAAAGAAUAUUGAUAUGUGUUUUGGAACUAAAACAGGGGGGGAUCAAACAAAUUACCAGUAUAUGGAUAAGAGUAAAUCAAGAUUUAAUUUAGAAAAAGCUUUAAUAAAAGAGAUGAAGAUAAAAUGGGAGAUAGCAACCCUUAAAAAAUAUGUUCGUGAUCAGAUCACUCCCAGAGGGUUGAGAUUCUAUAAAGACCCUAGUUUUGAUAGAGAUCCUCACUUUAUGGGUGGAUGGAAUAAGUUAUUAGAUGGCUUCUCUUUCAGCAUGAUGGGCUAUAUAGUAGCUAGAAGAGAAGAAACUCUCCCUAAACUGGAUGAAGAAAUUAUGAAGUGGCAAAAUAAUCUUGCUGAAACCACAAACCCAGAAAUAUAUAGUACCAUUUUAAAAGAAAUUAAAAUAAAAGUGGAAAAAAUAGAAACAGAUGUAAUUGAAAUUAAAAAGAAAAAAUAUCUUAGGGAUACGACUGAUUAUCAAUCAGGGAAUGUAAGACCUAUUCGGAAGAAUAACAAACAGGUCGAUAGAAACUCCUAUGAUAGAAAAACUACUCAAGAACAACUUGAAAAUAGAUAUAGAAAAAGGCCAUACUCUAAAAGAGAUCAAAUAUGGGAGAAUCAUAGGAGACCCAUAUAUAGAGAAAAGUACCCGAGAAAUAGGAAUCUUGAAUUUCAAUCUUCAAAGGGAGUUUAUUCACCCGAAAUAGUACAUAACCCUAGAUCCAAACCAUCACAAUAUCACCAUUCACCUAUACAUAAAAAACAAUAUUCAACUACAAACCAUUUGACUAGACAAUAUAGUGAUGUAGUUAGAGAAGGGAGACCUUCAAGUGACUAUCCGACAGUAGACCUAAAUAAAAGCUUAAAUAGAUUAGAGAAUCGAAAUAGAAGUGCCUCCCCACCUCCAGACACCCCACCUUCCCCUUCUUUUUUUCGGAAGGACCUGAUCCAAAACAGAAGAAAACCGAUAGAGAACUCUCAAUUUUGGGAACCUUUAGGAAAAAGGCAGCGGUCACUGGAAGAAGAAGGAGAAAGAGAAGAAAGAAGGAGACAACACCAAGAGAAGAGGGGGAAGACCUCAAUUUAGGGGGCAUUUUUAACCUUACAGGUUUUAAGUAAAGAACAUAAUAAUAUUUUUUUAAAAGGUCUUAAGUUCGCACCAACAGCUGAUUUUAAUCUUUUUGAUUUUUAUGUUAUUAACCAUUUUAUAAGGAAAUUAUGUUUGAAAAAGUUUUUUAAUAAUAAGGAUAAAAUAGAAGAAAAAGAGGGAGAAGAUGAGUAUCUCCACACGUCCUUAAAAGAAAAAUCUAAUUUCUUUCCGAGACACCUAAUCUCCAAUGAAAUCAAGUCAUUCGAGAUUAUGGUAAUGAAAGAUGUGGAAAAACUUAAAAAAACAAAUACCAACAGAAUUUAUCAUUCGGAGAAAAGAGAGCCCUUAAGGAAAUUAGAAACGAUAAAAAUUUAAUAAUAAAACCAGCUGAUAAAGGCGGUGGAAUAGUGAUUCAAAAUAAAGAAAAAUACAUUAUAGAAGCAGAAAAGAUACUUUCAGACCAAUUGACUUAUCAAAAACUCCCAGACAAUCCUACUCAGAGCAUUAUGGCGAUUUUUAAAGAAUACAUUGCUAAAGGGAAAGAGUUGGGUAUUUUAAACGAAAAGGAGGCAGCAUAUAUGCUAAAAGAUAACCCUAAAAUCCCAGUUUUCUAUAAUCUACCUAAAGUACAUAAAGAUUUAGAAAACCCACCGGGAAGACCUAUUAUAUCGGGUAUAGACUCAAUUUCUACAAGAGUCUCUGAGUAUAUUGAUACUCUACUUCAGCCGAUAGUAGUGAAGAAUCGCUCCUAUUUAAAAGAUACCAUUCAUUUUUUACAAAUUUUAGAGGAGACAAAAUGGAUAGAAGGUUAUCAUAUGGUUACAUGUGAUGUAACCUCACUAUAUAGCAUUAUCCCGCAUGACAAAGGAAUAGUAGCGGUGCAACAUUUUUUAGAAAAAUCGAAUUUUAAAAAAGAACAAGUUGAUUUUAUUUUAGAAGGCAUUUUACUUAUUUUAACCAAUAAUUAUUUUUGGUUUGAUAACACUUUCUACCUCCAGAUCUGUGGGACGGCGAUGGGCACCAAGUUCGCCCCCAGUUACGCUAAUCUCUUCAUGGCAUUUUGGGAAGAGUCUUUCGUUCUUCAAGGGAAUCGUUGGGGGGAGAGCUUGGUGUCCUAUUGCCGCUUCAUAGAUGACAUAUUUUUUAUAUGGUCAGACACUACAGAAGAACUUCACAAUUUUAUUUCAUAUUUAAAUUAUAAUGAUUAUGGGAUAAAUUUAACCAGUCAGAACAGUACCCAACAGAUAGAAUUUCUAGACAUACAAGUUACUAUUCAUGAUUGAACUAUUAUUACAAAAAAUUAUUUUAAACCAGUUGACGCCAAUAGUUACAUUGAGAAAAACAGUUGUCACCACAAUCCAUGGCUGAAUAAUGCCCCUAGAAGUCAAUUUUUAAGGAUUCGACGGAACUGUAAAUUGGAUCCAGAUUAUUUCCAACAGUCAGAUUAUAUUAAAAAACUGUUUAUUGAAAAAGGUUACAAUAAAGUAAUUUUGGAAAAGGAAAUAGAAGAAAUAGGACAGGUACCAAGAAAAGACCUUUUGAGAUAUAAGCAAAAGACUCAUUUAAAUCAAAAGGAUGAGAUUCCUUUUAUUUGUAAUUACAAUAGGCGCAACAGACAAAUUCAUAAUAUAAUUAAAAAACAUUGGCACUUACUUAGGGAUGACUCAAUUUUAAAUCAGAUUCUCCCUGCAUAUCCUAAAAUAAUAUAUAGAGGAGCAAAAAACUUUAAAAAUAUUUUAGUAAAGAGCCAUUUAUCCCCUCAGAGACUCAAUACUCAUAUUCAGAAUUUAAAGGGAUUCUAUGGUUGUGGAACAUGCCUCCCUUGUAAGACAACUGGAAGUAAAAGAAGACACAUAAGACAUAAAAGAAUAUACAGAUAAAUCAUAUCUUAUAAACGACCACCUUACUUGCCAUUCAAAAGGAAUAUAUAUGUUGAAGUGCCCGUGCAAUCUAUUAUAUAUAGGUAGAACUAUUAGACCCUUGAAAGUAAGGAUUGCAGAACAUAUCAGAAAUAUAAAAAAUGGUCUAGAAACUCAUAAUGUUUCAUUACACUAUAAACAGGUGCAUAAUCAAGAUCCCACAAACCUAAUUUUCUGUGCCAUUAAAGAAGUUAAAAGGAAUUGGAGGGGGGGGAAACUACAUUAAAACACUUGGAAAAGAAGAAAUGAAUUUAAUAUUUCAGUUUAAAACUCUUACCCCCUAUGGUUUAAAUGUAGAUUUUGAAGUGUCACUUUUGAUAUCAUUAUCGUGUGUGUGUGUGUGUGUGUGUGUGUGUGUAUAUAUAUGUAUGUAUAUAUGUAUAUAUGUAUAUAUGUAUGUAUAUAUGUAUGUAUGUAUAUAUGUAUAUAUGUGUAUAUAUAUAUAUAUAUAUCUUUAUUGAUAAUGUUUUAUACCAAAAGGAUAGAAUGCAAAAUUUUUGUUGGUUUUAUUAAUAACUUUUAUAGAUUUUUUUAUUAUGCUCUUCUUUUUUCUGAUGGUUUAUAUAUGAGGUUUUUUAACAUUUAUUUUAUAUGAUGCUGUUGGUUUUCUGCCUUUGAUGGAUUAUAGAGACCUAUUUGCCAUGUGUCUAUUGAAGGGACAUAUUAUACAUGUGAAGGAUGCCUAUUUGGAAAAUAUUCUCUGUUUGCUUUUUGCUACCCCAUUAUUUGGGAGGGAGAUCGAGGGGCUGAUCUUGAGACUGGCGUUAAAAUACUUUGAAGCGCACCACGUGACACGGACGCAUCACGUGACGUGCGCGUCAUAUGACGUUUGCGUUCCACGGAUGAAACGCAUCAGCUGAAACCGGAAGCGGAAGUCCAAUUCAACCCACAGCCAGCAUAAAGCCGAAAAAGACCGCCAAGGGAAAAAUAUAAAACAAGCACUACACUUGGAAAUAUAAAUAGCAACUGAGGAAGCCUCUGAUUAGAGGUGAAACGCGUUUUGCACCUUAUAUAAGGACUACACCUUCUAAACUGUAAGGUUUUUAUUUUUGUUUUAUGUACUUUAUAUCUUGUUGUGCAUUUUUAUAAUAAAGCACUUUAAUUCACCAAAUUUUGGGAGGAUAUCAAAUCUUUGAGCACUACAAGCAAUAAAAAGAAGGAAGUGGGUCCCUCUAGUACCCACAAAGCUCCUCCCUUUGAGCCUUCAUAUUGGCUCCAUGUUUGUGAGUGUUCUACCUUCCACAUAUAUUACAUUAUCUUAUUGUGAACUGGCUAUAUUGCACUAUCUUUUUGUAUCUAUGUUUAUGUUUUAGAAUAUACUCUUAAAAGGACCAAUUUAUUAUUAUCGCUAUUGGAAGAACCCCCCUUCCAUAAGGACCAGUUCGCUACAGCAACUUUUGGCGAUUUUAUGUUGUGCAUAUACUCCACCUUAUACCGUAUGUAUUAGUGAUCCGGUAUAGUUUGUCUUGUAUACUUUAGAGAAUAGUUGUAGUGGGCUGAUGCCACACGGCAACAGGUUGUCUAUAUGUGAGAUGAGAUUAGAUGUCAAUCCAAAGCUUCUGCAUGUCAAGGGACUUGAGGAUUCUGCAGAAUCUAAGUGUGGCUUGAUUGGGAGCAAGUUAAGAUUGCAGUUUAGGAUGCAGUGAUCAGAAAGGGAGAUACGUGAGUUUAGAGCUAUGUUUCCAAGCUCUAUUUCUAAUGCUAAAGUGUUGCCAGCUUUAAGGGUAGGGGUAGAGGCAGUGGGUGCAUUUAUAGAGCAAUUAAAAUCUACAAGGAUAACAUGUUAAUGUGAAUGUCACACCUCCCCACUAACUCCUUUGCACAUCCCCAUGGAAGGCACACCUAACGGUUUUAAAAGGACUCUAGGCACCCAGGCCAAUUCAUCUCAUUGCAGUGUCCCUGGUCCCUUAACCCUGCAAAGAUUAUUGCAGUUUUUAAGAAACUGCAAUAAUUACCUUUUAGGGUUAACUCCACCUCUAGUGGCUGUCUACCAGAUUGCCACUAGAGGGAUUUCCAGGCUUAGUUGCCCAUCUGACACUGGACGAUCUCCCGCUAUGCAUGGGGACAUCAAGCAUUACCCAGUACCCCAUAUGAAAUGCAUUGUAUAAUUGCAAGCGUGCCCAUUGCUGAAUCCAUGACUGUAAUAGUCUCGCGUUCCUUGCAUUAUGGUUUUACUGUGCCCUCCUCUGUAAAGAUUUUUUUUUUUCUCUUUCUCAACAGUAAUUGUUUUAAGACUUAAACGUAUUUAUUUUUUCCUCUUUGCAUCAGAACACCUGGCUCUGGACUCUAUGAUAAUUUGAAGAAAUACAACAUACCGUACCCUGAAGCAAUUUUUGAAAUUGACUACUUUUCGUAUAACCCACGGCCUUUCUUUGCUCUUGCUAAAGAACUCUACCCUGGAAAGUACAAACCCAACAUUGUACAUUAUUUUGUAAAACUGCUGUACGACAAAGGGCUGCUAUUGAGGUGCUACACUCAAAACAUUGAUGGCUUAGAAAGGCGUAAGUUCCUUAAGUUUGGUAUGUCCAGUACUGGUAAUGAGCUGUUACUUUGUAACUUCAUCAGAAAUAGCUUUCAAUAUUACUACCUUUCUAAACCUUUUCUAAAGGGUGAACACUCUUGUUAUACAAAUAGAUUUUAGUCAACAUGUAAUUUUUCUAUAAAACUGAUACUGCACGAUAGGAAGGGAUUUGAUUUGUAACAAAAGUUGACCUUUUAUUCUGUACUCACACUAUAGUUUCAUGACAAGUCUGUGUAUUCUGGCAAUGUUCAGUUGUUCAGGAGACCAAAGAUCAAGUGGUCUAUGAAACACUUGAAUGGCAUUUUCCCACAAAUGAUUAUUCACCAUUUUGUGUACAUGCACGCCAGGGCUUGCAAUUUGAAGUCCUGUGCUACUAGCCAGAUCUUUAAAGGCGUGUGCAUUAUUCAUCAUAACUGAACAUUCGCAAUGCAGUGUGGGUUUGAAAUGAUAUGUAUACUACUGGUGAUCUGCAGUUUGUGGCUGUUAAUACCUCCUCUGAAACUUGCACUGGGAGAGGAAGCGGAAUGACCAGAACAGUGCAAUUCUCUCACUAUUGCUCCCUAUAUCUCUACAAGGUGAUGGUCUGAACGAGUAAUUCCUACCAAUCCCUUGUAAACGUUUGUGGUCCUGCAUGAAUGAGCAUGAACACUAAUUUAAACAAGAAAAAUUACCCUGGAAUGAGAUAUAGAAUCACACUUUGGAGUUAAAGCGACACUGUCAUGCUGAACUUACCUUUCCUCAAUCUCUUCCUCUUCUCCCCCUCUCUCAGGAUCUGUUCUUCCUUUCUUCCUGUCUUCUUUAGUUUUCUUUAAAAUCAUAAGACAAAGUAGGGACUCUUUGCCUUAUGGAGGUUUCCUCCGCUUGACCAGCGUGAACCAGCUAUACCACGAGUAGGGCCAUGUCUAGUAAACAGUGAGCAGCCUGCUCACUGUAAAAAAACAAAGAAAAACAAUCAAAUUCCACCCUCCCCCAUCAAAGGUGACUAGGGGUCCCCGAGCCCCAAGUCACCCACCCCCCACCCAAAUAAAAAGGCCACUACCUACCCCCCUCACCCUAAAAAAUAGUGAUGGGGGAAUAAAAUUACUAACCUGUAAAAUGAAACUUACCAUUCGACGUCUUCUUUUUUCUAAAAUCUUCAUUUUUCAGCCCCAAAAAAGGCCAAAUAAAAAAAACCAUCAUACCCGUCGAACUUAAAAUAAAAUAAACCUUUUUGUCAGUUUAUAUCAUAUGUUCUCCCUUAACUGUACAGCCCUGUUGAAUUUGUUGGCGCUUUAUAAAUACCAGAAGUAAAUAAGGUAAGUGUAUCUGUGAAUGUAUGCCUCUGUGUGGGAGGGCAAUUUCUGCAUAAGUGCCCACUGCCCAGGAUUCUUGCAGGGGGCCCUGAUAUGGCAUCCUGCAUAGGGCACUGGUUAAACUUAAUCUGGCUGUGGCCCAACCGUGUACUAGUUUGUGAAAUGUAUUCACUUUUCAGCUAGGUAUUGCUUUAAUAUUCAAUUUGCCUUAUUUUCCAUGUAACUAAAUUAUUUUUAUUUGCAAGUUGCUGGAAUUCCACCAAGAAAGCUAGUAGAAGCUCAUGGGACAUUUUCUUCUGCGUCUUGCCAUCUGUGUUACAGUCCAUUUCCUUCAAAUGAGGCAAAGGUAACUUAUCUUUUAUAUUGUCUUUUUAUUGUUUUGGGGUGUUUUUUUUUUAUUUAUUUAUUUUUUUUAUUUGGCCGUGCGAGUUGUUGGGAUUUGGGUCAUUUUAUUUAAUACUUCCCCAUUCAUUUUUAUCAAGGACUGCAUUAUGAAUGGAAGGUCUCCCCGAUGCAAGACAUGUUAUGGAGUUGUUAAACCAGACAUUGUUUUCUUUGGAGAAGAUCUACCAAAAAGGUUCAGAAAGUUUACCAAGGACUUUCCCAUGGCAGAUCUGCUCAUUAUCAUGGGGACUUCUUUGAAGGUAAUUUAUUUAUUUUAACCUUGUAGCCAAAUACUUUUAUAACUGUCAUCUUGUGCUAUAAGCACUAGAAACAAAACUAAUUACUUGACUUUGGUUUGUUGACAGAUUGAGCCAUUUGCCAAAAUAGUUGAUGCUGUACAACCAAACGUACCUCGUCUGCUCCUUAACAGAGAUUUAGUUGGACCCUUUAAGACCAAACAUCCGAAGAGCACAGAUGUUGCAGCUUUAGGGGAGUUGUGUGAUUUGACCAGAAGAUUUGUCCGUUCUCUCCAUUGGCAAGAUGAAAUGAAAGACAUUCUAAAAUCACAAAAGUCAAAGGUAUUCACACUCAUGUCUCUAUUUCUACAGCAUUGUUUGUAUAUAUAGAUUGCUUUAUUUUGUCCUACCUUUUACCAGCACUGUGUCUGUUCCAUCACUGUCAUCACUGCAAUUUUAUUAACGGUCAAUGACCUUGACAGAUAGAUUUGGAAAGAAUUUGAUUCAUACAUUUGACUAUCUGGUUUCAUAUUGCAAGGCAAGAAAAUAAAUUCUACAUCAUAUCAAAAGCAACAAUUUUUCUCAAUAGGUAGCAUUCCAAUUCAGUUUAAGGUUUUCUGUAGCUCCUAAAUUUAUAUUUGAAUGACUUUAGUUCCCUCAACAAAUUCCAUCCCAACACGAUAAUUAAAAACACUGGUGUGCAUAAACAAAAUAGAGCACCACUUAACAAAGUCAACUGGAUUCCAGAGAAGAAAAUAAAAUUGGCUACACAAAGUGCAGAACAGCACGACUGAGGGCCAUUUCGUAUUGGUGAGGUCAGAACAUGGGAAGUGAACCAGAAUGGCUACUUGAUGUACUGUUUUUUUUUUUUUUUUUUUUUUUUUCAAACUUGUGUUUUAUAAUCUAAAUACAUCAAGCGCUACAGUCAGUUUCACGUAUUGACUUAAAGCAUAGUAUCCAUCCAAGAAAUAUUAGAGGUUACAACAUAGGUUGAUUUGUAGUGUUGGAAAAGUUUGGUCUAAGCCUUAUUCAGUUCCAUUGUGAUUUAGAUUUGGUUUAAAGGAACACUAUAGUCACCUAAAUUACUUUAGCUAAAUAAAGCCGUUUUAGUGUAUAGAUCAUUCCCCUGCAAUUUCACUACUCAAUUCACUGUCAUUUAGGAGUUCAAUCACUUUGUUUCUGUUUAUGCAGCCCUAGCCACACCUCCCCUGGCUAUGAUUGACAGUCUGCAUGAAAAAAAAAAUGGUUUCACUUUCAAACAGAUGUAAUUUACCUUAAAUAAUUGUAUCUCAAUCUCUAAAUUGAACUUUAAUCACAUAUAUGAGGCUCUUGCAGGGUCUAGCAAGCUAUUAACAUAGGGGAUAAGAAAAUCUUAAACAGAACUUGCAAUAAAGGAAGCCUAAAUAGGGCUCUCUUUACAGGAAGCGUUUAUGGAAGGCUGUGCAAGUCACAUGCAGGGAGGUGUGACUUGGGUUCAUAAACAAAGGGAUUUAACUCCUAAAUGGCAGAGGAUUGAGCAGUGAGGCUGCAGGGGCAUGUUCUAUACACCAAAACUGCUUCACUAAGUUGUUCAGGUGACUAUAGUGUCCCUUUAAAAUGUAUACAUUUUACAGUCAAACCUUGUUCAAGAAGAAUAAACCGAAUAGAUUGCUACAAUUGAAAUGAAAGAAUAGGGAUAAACAUUGGCCAUCAAGAAGUUAAACUUAUUGGCCAAUAUGGACCUAGUCCCAAGGUGGUUAAGAGAUGGAAUGGAGUGAAUUACUGGCCUGAUGAUUCUACCUUUGGCAACCCCGGAUGCACCGAAGGGUCUUACAUAGUGUGAAAUUUUUUUAUUGUAUUUUUUAAUUUCACUGGAGGGCAUGUCCACCAAAAGGGAGCAGCAUUCUCACUUCGGAGCUACAUUUCCAGCAUAUUUUACCAACAUCUGGAUAAAUAUGCGCAAGUCUUAUUGGCACAAGAUACCCACAGUACAGUAAUUUCCAGGUGAGAUGUGCAAGAAGAGGCCUCAGGUGGCAUUUUCCUCCCCACAUCCUCAUUCCAUUCUUGUAUGAGCUUCCAUUUCGUUUCCGUACAUUUGCGUUUACGGAUUUGUAACACAUUGACAGUCUUUUUGCAUGGUAGCAAAUGUCAUUAAGCAGGUGUUCCCUCCUUGAUCCAAUGUUGUGCAAGUGACAGAAGCUGGUGUAUAAGUUGUAUUUAUGAAAAUAAUGUGCUCGGAGGUAGGUGGUAUGCUGCCUGUAAUUCUGGGAACGUUAAAUUAUUGCCAGUGUAUAAUUCAUAAAAGUAUUUCCAUACUUUAUAAUUAGAUGUUGGGAUAGAUUGCAGUGGUGUAGCCAGCGACCAUUGGCUGUGAUUAUAGUUUGUCUGUUAUGGGCUCAGAUCAUGAGCAGGAGUUUCAUUGUGGGAAGCUCAGUUUGAUAUAUUUGGAUGGAAUUGGUAUUUGUGAGGACUGGAAAAAAGUCUUUAGGUAAGAUCACCAUUUCUAUGGCUGCAAUCCUCCUCCGCUAAGUCGGGUAUCUACCCUCCCAAAUAUUUUAUGUAUUUUCAAUUUCUUUGAAUAAUUUUUGGUAAUUAAGUUUGUGUUCUUGGGCAUAAAAGUAUCUUACAACCUCAACAAUUUAAAGUAUCUCUAGUUGAAUUUGAAAGACUCAAGUUUCUCUCACACGCUUACCGAUCCCAUUACCUGGGAUUCAAUUUGUAACACUACUGCUUGCUGUAGUCCAGAAUUUCUCAGUGUAAGUUGGGAAGGGAAAUUAAAGGUUGCGAUUGCGUAAGAAGAGUAUCAGCAAACUAAACUUCUUCUGUCUCCCACUUUUACCCUAUUCUGUCUUAUUACUGAUUUUAAAGCUAGGACAUAUAGCAGUGGUGACAGUGGACAUCCCUGCUGGGUGUCAUUCGCAAUGAGAAAUGGUUUGGACAGAAGUUCUGCAUUGAGGACUGUAGCCGAUGGGGAACUAUAUAGAGCUUUAGUGGCUCUAAUAAUAAAACCUUUGUGGGAACACACAUAUGCAGUUUCCUCAAGGAACUGCAGUUUUGAGUACAAAGGCACUUUAUGAACUGGUAUCACGCUGCUCCUCCUGACAACUUGCCUUUUAGUCACAUCUAUCCAAAUUCACACACAUUGUGAACAAAUGUAAAAGAUGGACAAUGGCUAUGUGCUUGUGACAGACCUGAUAUAUAUUGUCGUAUUGCUCCCAUAGAUCCCACACCUUAUUGAUAGUAGGUUUUGUGGUCCUCAGGAUAGCUUGUUGGGUUCUAGCUACUCAUAUGUAGAACUGGGAGAUCCGUCCCUGUGUAGCCUGGUGGUUUUAACCCUGUAAUUGCAAUGUUUGUUCUGCUGGAGAAAGCGCCUCUAGUGGCUGUCGUAUUUAAUCCUGCAAAGUAGAGUGAAAGCAUAGCCGCAUUUGAAUUUGGCCUCACAUGCUCAUCUCUCAGAAGUACUGGAUUGGUCGAAAUUGCAGAUGACAAUCAUUCUUUGUAAGAGUAGGUUCCUGCAGCAGAGGAGUCUAGACACAGGAAGCAUAACGAGUAGGGGCGGACUUGACCACUCAUGCACAUCGGUCAUGGUCAGAAGACCUGUGGCAGUCAGGUGCCCAGAGCAGCUAUGGCCAGGCUGGGGAGAUCAGAGGAUCUCCAACUGGCCUAGUAUAAAAAAAGCAGCAAUGUGAGACCUGCUGGAAGCUAUCCUUGCCUGGUCUGCUCACAUAUGCCAUUUUUCAGUCUGCCAUCGGCAGCGCUCUGUGUUGGAGAAGAGUGGGGUAUAGGGAGUGGCAUCACAUCCCCUCAUUACACAAAUGCAGACUGCAUGUGCAAAACUGUUUGGAGAAGGAAGGGCUGGGAUUAUAGAAAACUGUUUGAAAUGGAAGGUAAGAUGGGACAGAGAGAAAUAGAAGCAUGAAAGGGAGAGGUUGGCUAGUUUAACUCAGUGUGGCACACUAACAGGGAACUGGAUGAAGUUGUGCCCAGCUUGAAAGCAGUAUGCUGUGGCCACAUACAAUGCACUGUUUAGGUAAUGCAAGUCCAGAACACAUGAUAGAUGAUACAGGUGAAGUUAUUUUCCCUCUGAAUCUAAUCAUCUCUUUGUAUUGGCAGAAUAUCUUAAACUCUGCACAUAUAGGCUCCGUGCACCAGAACCACAGAAAGCUGUAGUAGUCAUGGCGCUUGGAGUGCACUUUUAAUACACACAUUGUAUUUGUGUGAAUCCUGGUAUGUAUUUGCUUAGUGCCAAAUGUUCAUGCACACACACUGACACACUACCCAGUCACCCCUGUGUUCACAAUCACUCAAACACACAGACAUGCCGUAGAAAUCUAGCCUUAUUCAAACACUUUUCAAACCAGCAUUUACACAUACAAACAUAUCCUCUAUUAGGAUCCAGGGGGUGACCACGUUGUGAUGGAUUGUGUACUACUAGUACUAUCCAUCAAAGAACCAUUACCUUCUUAAUUUUUUUUGCAUCUAUCAGAAUAUCCUUGGCUGCUGCUGCCCCCAUUUCCUCCUCCUGCAGUGGUUUAACCCCACGUUGUUGGCUUUUCAGACCAGCUGUAGAAGCCAAAGCAUAAGCUUCAACCAGCUGACCAUGUUGACAGGAACAGCCUGGAUGGGGGGAGGGGGGGACCACCUUCCAGUGAUUGUGAGCUAGUGACCUCCUGUCAGUGAGCUGUGAGGUUUGUGCAGUUUGCUGUGUAUUUUGUUAAAUUUAUUUUUUCCUUUAGUGACAUUGUGUGCAGAUCAGUGAGCUUGUGCUGUCAGCUGUGCGUAUUGUCUUUGUGCGUGUAUGUGCAAGACCAGAGGUGGCUCUCUAAUUAAUUAGGCGACUUAGGCGGCCGCUUCAGUCCUUGCGCUUGCUUAUUUAUAUAAUCUAUGUAACAAAAUACACUUAGAAUGACAUUCUAUAUCUGUCUAUAUAUAAAAUACAAAUAACCGCAAGUAUGUGUGUGUGUGUGUGUGUGUGUGUGUGUUUGCUGAUUAGCACCAGGCCAGCAGUGGAAUACGCAGGGAGUGCAACAAAAUUUGUGUGUGUGUGUGUAUAUUCUGCGUUUUAGUGGGGGCCUCAUGUUUGAGUUUCACAAAGUCUAGGGCCAAGACCCAACAUUUUCAAACUUUAAAAAAUAUAUUUCUAUUACAUACACUGUAAAUAAUCAUCCAUUUGCCCUACAUUCACAAAUAUAGGCCCUCUAUGCACACUGCUACCCAUCCAUUUUUAUGCACUGCUUGUGUAUGUCUAAUUCAGAACGAUCCUUUUAACCCCUUAAUGUAGUUACGCCGUAACUGCUUUGAGCCCUGGAGCGCCCAGUAUACUCACCUUCCCGGUGCUCCACUUCGGGAGGACUGCCUGACAGCCCAGGCAGCCCUCCGCUGGCAAAAGAAGCCCCUGGGGGCCAUGUGAUCGCUCUCAAAGAGCGAUCACAUGGCCCCCUAUAGCUGGCUGUGGAUCUGCCAGCAGGUGGACUGUCUAAAAUGUCAGUCCCCCUGCUGGUGGGGGCUGUAAAAAAAAAAUAAAAAAAAAUAUAUAAAUAUUUUUUAAACAUGUUUAAAAUUAAAAUAGAAAUUUAUGUGUGUGUGUAUAUAAUAUAUGUACAUAUUAUAUAUGUAACGUCAUACAAAGUGUAUUUUAAUAGUAAUAUAAGUACAUAUAUUAGUAUUAAAAUACACUUAGAAUGACGUUACAUAUAUAUGUGUAUAUAUGUAUAAUUACAAUAAUAAAUAAAAUAUUGAAACCAUUUAAUAUAAAUUAUAUAUUCAUAUGUAAUUUCAUUCUAACUGUAUUUUGUUAUUUAUAUAAUAUAUGUAACAAAAUACACUUAGAAUGACAUUCUAUAUUUAUCUAUAUAUAAAAUACAAAUAACCGCAAAUAUCCCUCUCUCUCUCCCCCUCUCUCCCCCUCUCUCUCCCUCUCUCUCCCUCUCUCUCCCUCUCUCUCCCUCUCUCUCCCUCUCUCCCUCUCUCUCCCUCUCUCCCCCUCUCUCCCCUCUCUCCCCUCUCUCCCCCCUCUCUCCCCCCUCUCUCCCUCUCUCCCCUCUCUCCCCCCCUCUCUCCCCCCUCUCUCCCCCUCUCUCUCCUCUCCUCUCCCUCUCUCUCCCUCCCCCCUCUUCCCCCUCUUCCCCCUCUUCCCCCCUCUUUCCCCCCCUCUUUCCCCCCUCUUUCCCCUCUUUCCCCCCCUCUUUCCCCCUCUUUCCCCCCCUCUUUCCCCCUCUUUCCCCCCUUUCCCCUUUCCCCCCUCUUUUCCCCCCUUUCCCCCCCCUCUUUUCCCCCCCUCUUCCCCCUCUUUUCCCCACUCUUUUCCCCCUCUUUUCCCCCCCUCUUUCCCCCCCUCUUUUUCCCCCCCUCUUUCCCCACCUCUUUCCCCCUCUUUCCUCCCCCCUCUUCCUCCCCUCCCUACAGGCUUCUUAGACAUAGCAUUUCAUGUACAAACCAACGAACCACUGCAUUUUCGCCUACACACUGUGGCUACUAAAAAAGACAAAACAAAAAGACUAAACAUACCCCACUUUCAAUACCUUGGGUUGUCUACUUUUUCAAAUGGUAUGCCAUUAUGAGGGUAAUUCUCAUUCCUGGGCUCCACACAGUCUCAAAGGUAACAUUACUAAUCUGGCAAAUUUCAAUGUGAAAAUGGAACGUUCUAUAUUUGACCCUGUAACUUUCCAAAACACCAUAAAACCUGUUAAUGGGGGGUACUGUUGUACUCGUGAGACAUCGCUGAUUACAAAUAUGUGCAUUUUUUUUUUUUUUUUUGCAGUAAAACUGAACAGUAUUAUGACAUUCACAGCUAAAAUGUCAGACGGAAAAAAAUCUUCUUUUCUCACUUUUUUUUUAAAUUUUAUUCAUAAUAAAUUAUGUUCCAUAUAUGAAUAGUUAAUGAUAAAUUAAAGCCAUGUUUCUCCUGAACAAAAUGAUAUAUAAUAAGUGUGGGUGCACUUAAUGUGACAGCGGUAAAUUACGGUUGAACAGACAUAUAGUCAAAUUACAGUUUUUGUAUAGAUCAGAACGUGCACUAUUGACUUUGUCCUGAAGGGGUUAAUAUGUGACUUAACUCUUCUCUUUGUAUUAAUGAAGUAUAAACAAGUAUACAAUCUUAUUAACCACAAUUUCACCCUGGCAAUUAUGCACACAUCAACAUUCCAACAUUCCUGUAUUUACACAUACGCUAACAAACCAAACACAUCCCUGCAUUCACUGACAUUCGAGUCCAAUACACUGUGUUGAAAGUUGGUGUAAAUGCCGCAGAAGAACAUAUUUACUGAAUUCUGAAUUUUAGCAAAUUAAAAUCAGAAUUACAACAUUUGGCCUCAUAGGUGAUCUGGUAAAAUUGCCCAAUUUCACUAUAGCCCCCUCGCCAUUAACCCUUCAGUAAAUUACAAUACAAAUUCCAAAACUGAAUUCAGAGUUAAGUGAAUCAACCUCCACACGUUAACACGACUUGCAAACGAACAAAAUCUGCUUUUUAAAUUUACUCUAAUUACAUACAAAUAUUCAUUCAUAUUGGCAGUAAGUAUAUACAAAAACAAAUGCAUUAACAUAAACAAAGUGCAACUGUGUAUGUAGCCCGUUCAUACGAGUGUUAAAAUCAUUGUGAACACAUACCCUCACACUAUAUAAAAGUAAAAGAAAGCACAGUUAUUAGAAACAUUUACUUAAAGCACCACUAUAGUGCCCUGAGGGUGCCCCCACCCUCAGGGUCCCCCUCCCGCCCGGCUCUGGAAGGGGGAAAGGGGUUAAAACUUACCUUUUUCCAGCGCUGGGCGGGGAGCUCUCCUUCUCCUCCCAUGCGGCUGAAUGCGCACGCGCGGCAUUGAUAAUGCUUUCCUAUGGACGCUUGCGUGCUCUCACUUUGAUUUUCACAGUGAGGAGCAUGCAAGCGCCUCUAGCGGCUGUCAAUGAGACAGCCUCUAGAGGCUUUGGGGGAAGGCUUAACCCAUUCAUAAACAUAGCAGUUUCUCUGAAACUGCUAUGUUUAUAAAAAAAAAUGGGUUAACCCUAGCUGGACCUGGCACCCAGACCACUUCAUUAAGCUGAAGUGGUCUGGGUGCCUAGAGUGGUCCUUUAAUACUAGUAUAUGGGGCCCCAAGACAUAAUUUUGCCCAGAAUGCUGUUUGUUUUUUAGGUUUCAAACCAAGGAAGGGUUGGCAGGCCUCACAUAGAAAGGGAACUUAUAGGACUGUAGGUUCCGUGUAAACUUCUUACCAUUUUUGGUGUUUCUGCAUAAUCUACCUUUACUUUGUAUUGAAAGACACUUAAAGUGUAAAAACAAAGUCUCUUUAUUGCGGAAAGAUCUUUGUACAUAUUGCGUGGGGUGGGGAAGGAAAAUUAUGACCUGCCUACUUCUGGAUUACUAAUGUUUCUCCAAAGCUUUCCAAGACACCAUUUUGUAGAAGAUUGGCUCUAGGGAAUUGGGGUCUAAAGGAGACUACUUUCCUGGAGAAAUGCUUGGUUUUAGUAGCAUCCUUAAAAUAAUUUUUUUACAUUUCAGACUUGUAAAUGUGUGAUGCAAUUUGUUCUCUUUCCUUAGGGUGGUUCCUGAGACUAUUCUGCUGAAUUGUAGGGGAAAUGCUGUCCUGCCUGGUGGUUAAUGAAGUGUCCUGGAAUGGAUUGAAUACACCAUCUAAAAUAAAAGUCCAGUUGAGAUCAGUGAAUUUAUCUGCUUUAUCAAUUCAUUUAAGUUUUUUGAGCAAUUAUUUUAUUCAAAAGAGAAUUUGUAGCGGUUUUAGCUUUUACGAAUAAAAAAAAAAAUCCUUAACCUUUAUACUGGCAGGCUAUUAAUGACUUAUCCAUUAGUCAAUAAAGGAAUGCUCUAUUGCCGCCUACCCCCUUCCCAAAACUAAAAAAUCUAGCGGAUCCAGCCUCAAUGAAAACAUGUUUGCAUUUUUAUUUUGGUUUUUUUCAUUGAGGUAAAAGCUGAAAACUUAUCUGCAGCCUUUGAAAGCCUUUCCCUUUUCCCCCCUGCAACGACUUGAGAAAGCUCCGUGCUGAAGCCGUAAGUGCACAUGCUCGUAGCAUUCCCAUUGGGCUAAUGGAAGAGUAAGAAAACGUCCCUGGCUUUCUGAUUUGCUGCCAUGGAUAUGUUUCUGCCCCCAAUAUGACUGUUUGGAUCCUGUCACAUUUGAAAACACAAAGCUCUCAUCCAAUCUGAAGUGCUUUAUAGAGUUCCUUUUAGUCCAUAUUUCUGUGUUUUUGUUUGGUUUUUCUUUAACUCUAGUAAAAAUAUAUAUACUUAAAACAACUCCUAAUGUCUGAACAUUGAAAAUGUUUGUGUAGGUAAUGUAUUCUAUGGUUUUGAAGGACUGGAAACGGUCUAUUGCUUGCUUACACAAGAUUCUAGAUUCCCAAGACCUAGUUAACAGCAUGAGGUUGUUUAUUCACACUUUUAACUUUGCCUUUGAAAAUUUGUAUUGAACUUUUUAAAAUUUAUUGUACACAGUCUUUUAUUUGUUCAGUGGAUAACCAAUGGAUAUAUUGGAUAUUGAUUUUUAUAUAAAUUUGAAUAAAAUAUUUGAAACUGAGAUUUAUGGGUUUUUUAUUCUGUUUCAAUGGGGAAACCAUGCAUGCUUCCUGACUCUAGGGAAACUAUAUUCUGUUUUAAGAAGCAUAAGGUUAGCCCCCACGUUAGUCACUUGGCCAAUUCACACCCUUUGCAGGGAUGGCAUCUAGGCACCAGGACAGGUCAGUGCAAUUAGCAGCUUUCAGUACAGUGAGACAAUUGUAAGCACUGUUUGUGAGAAGUGGAUUGAUCAAAUGUAUGUCAUGUGCCUCUAGCAGGGAUAAGCAACCUUCGGCACCCCAGAUGCUGUGGACUACAUCUCCCACAAUGCUCUUACAGCCAUAAUGCUGGCAAAGCAUCAUGGGAGGUGUAGUCCAAAACAUCUGUAGUGCCAAAGGUUGCCUGUCCCUUCUCUAGUGGCUGUUAAUAGAGAUUGUUACAGCGCACACAUAAAAAUAAAUUUCUAAAUUCUAUAAGGCUACUUAAAAUCUCCUAUCUCUGCAAACAAAUAUGGGGAUUCAGUUCCACCAUAUGGCCAUAUUGUGUUAAGCCCACCACUACUUCAAUAUCUGUAAUCAAAAUGGCCAUAUGGUGGAACUGAAUGCCUAUAUUUCUUUGCAGAGAUAGGAGAUUUUUAGAUAGCCUUGUAAGAUUUAAAAAUGUAUAUUUGUGUGUGCUGUAACUUAAUCUGUAUUAUGUAUGAAUUUUGGUCACUACGGCUGCACCAUUCCUACAAAAUGCACUUCCAAACAUACGACAGCCUCCGCACACGUGCGCAACACAUUUUUUACUGUUCCACUUGUGGGGACAAACAGUACUAAAUGCAUUAAAGGACUAUGCCAAGCACAAUGGUUUGGAGGUGAGCACAUGGAAGCAUACAUUUAAAGUCAAUGGUAGUUAACCAGAAAAUGGCAUGUUUCUCUGAAACAAAAUUCAUGGACUAAACUAAAGCUAGGCUUAUACUACCUGGUGAUAUGUUGAUACUUUCAUUGAAUUUGGUACAAUCUACUAGAUACGAAUAUGUACAGUAUAAAUAAGUGUCAAGUGAAACAAAUAUCCUGCUCUAAAGGAAUUAUAUAGUUGUUGGCAAAGGGUUAAAAAAUCUUUUAUUCACUUAGCCAGUUCCAUCGCUGAUGUCGUGCUCCACCCUCUGAUGCCAUGGACACACAUGUGCAGCGAGUGCUGUAAACGCAUUGGACCUUCCACCUAUAAAAAGCAUUACCGCAAUGCUUUCCUCUGGGGUUUUUACUGAUGCUGGAUUCUCUCAUGAACGUUAGGACUUCCAGCAUUGUUUAAGGGACUCGGAGUCCAUUAGUAUCCCAAACGUGCCUCUAGUGGCCAUCUGAUAGACAGCCACUGGAGGCAGUCUUGGUCCUGCAAAGUAAUCAUUGCAGUUUCUCACAAACUGCAUUGUUUUACAUUGCAGGACUAAGUGCAAUAAGGACACUGCAGCCAGACCACUUAAAUGAGAUUAACUGGUCUGGGUGUCUAUAGUGUCCCUUUAAGUUAGAGAAACUAAAUAGCAGUGUGUAAAGUGUUAUAAUGUAAUAGUAUAGUAUAAACCAUUCUCUGACUUUAAUAACCAACUGCCCCAAGUGGCCAUCCAUUGUAAAUGUAUACAAAUGUAAUUCAACACACUAUUGAAAAGCUGACCAGAAAAAAUUAGAGAGGUGGAGACAAGGUGGUUGGCUAAAGAAAUAAAAUAAAUAAAUGUCAGUCCUACAGAUAAUCACUGCAUUUUAGAUGUAUAUCUACAUAUAAUUUGGUGGAACACACAUCUGAUGGUUCUAGAAAAUAGAACAGAGCGACAUAGUAUAAUACUGUAUGAUUAAAAUGUAUUACAAUAGAGUAGAGCAAUAGUACUCACAAGCCUGGAGCCAAAUUUGCAUAUGGCUCUCAUGGAAAACGUAGAGGGACUCUUAAUCCCCAUCCUUCUUGUUGCUCCUUAAAUAAUCUGGGUAAUUUCUUAGUAAAGAUGAGAUGUUAAAGUAUUUUUCCAAGGAAAAAAAAACUUUAUUGGUAAGGUGAAUAAAAGUGCAAAUAGCAAAGUAACAAAGUUCCAAUAAAAAUAGUAAUUAAAAGUCCUGUGUUUACAGUCUGAUCCAAAAUGCGUUUCGCCCUGUGGUGGGGGCUUCCUCAGUUGGUCAGUUGAUGUCUUCUGGGGGGGGGGGCGUCCUUUUAUGUCUCCUCAUUUCACUUCCGGGUUUCCGGCUGUCCGCACUUGGAACGCAUAAUGCGUUCCACAGCCAGCUACAUGCGCCCCACUUCUGGGUCGUGUAUUGUGUGUCGAUAGAUGCCACUGGAAUGCAUGAUUACCGGUAUAUGCGUUCCACUUCAGUAUAA